AUGUUAUCGGAUCAAACAACACCUAUUGCUUCUUACAAGGUUCAAUUUUUGGACGGACACAUCAUUAUGGAAAUUCCAAAUCAAAACAAAGAGUCUCUCUAUGCCCUUGUGGACACUGGAUCACCCAUGACCCUCUCCAGUGAAUAUUCUACUUUGGGAAUUUGUGGCAAAAAGUUUAAAGUGAAACAAAUGCAUGAUGAAGCAUCCUCUCAACUCUCUACCAAAAGUAUUAGCAAAUAUAUUAAUUUUAAUGUACAAUAUUUAUUGGGAAAUGAUAUCAUGCAAGACUAUCAUUUGGAACUGAGUCGUGAGUGCAUUCGAUUUUUCAACAAAUCUGUUCAUUCGACUCGUUUAUCAAAUCCUAACGAAGAGAAUAAUGUUUUGGAAAUUGAAUUGACUCGUAUUUCCUACAUUUCAGCGGAGUGGGUCCAAGACGAACGUUCCAACUAUGAGCCAUUGGGAACUGAAGAAGAUUUUCAUCCAACGAUGGGAAAAUUCAUGACUAGUCUGUAUCGAGUGCCACUUCAUUUGACGAGUUGUGGAAAGAAUUCUCAAGUAGAAAAAACCUUUGUUUUGAAAUGUGGAACUCUUCCUUCACAAUUGUCUUACAUGCUUUCUUCGUUUCACGUCGAUGGAAUAUUUGGAUCCGAAUUGUUGAAUGAUUGUCAACGAGUGUUCAUUACACACGAUCGAAUGUAUAUUUGCUUGUAA